AUGCCCGUGCAGACCAGCCAUCCGUCUAUCCCGGACGCCUUUCCGUCCUUCAUGUCCGUCUUCGGUGGCAGAUUGCCCAACCAGCCCGAAAAGGAGGACCAUCUCGUGGCCACCCAUCCCCUCAACGUGCCCCCUCAUGUCACCGUCAACACCGCGCGACGACCGCUGCCGUUUCGACACCGCGAGAGUGUUUCGUCCGUGGCCUCCGCCUCCACCGAAUCCUCGCCGACCACCACCAUCUCCACCUUUGACUCCCCGUCGGCCGCCGACACCUCGCCGAGCUCCUCGCCUGAAUCCCCCUCCUCCAUGCCAUUAUCGUACCCCAAAUUCAUGCCGCCCGCCCGCAACAUCGAGAGCCAGACGCUCUCUACCACGCAAAACAAUGCCGCGAGGCGGUCGUCCGACGUGCCGAACCUGAAGCGCCCGGAUUCUCCCGGCCGCCGGGCUCGUAAUCUCAAGAAUCUCUCCCUCCGCAUGCCCCCGCCUUCGCAAUCGUCGCGUCCUCCCAUCGCGACGGCGCCGGUCGACUCCGGGUCCCAGCACCUCUCCGCGCCCCCAUCACCGAUGCAUGCGCCUCCAAAGAGCUCCCGACGCAAGCCAGCGAAUCUCACCAUCCGCACGCCCGGCUUCGACCGCUCCUUUUCCAGCAACAUUAUGGAGGUCCCGCCUACCCCGCACGGCCGACAGUCGCUACGACACACCGAAUCCUCGCCCUCCUUGACCUCGAUCUUCUCCCCGUCGUUCGGACCAAAGGGCGGCAUGCAGUUGCCUCGACCCGUCACCCACCAUGGCACCCGACGACCGUCCGGUACGUCAGACGAGGGACUGUCUCCGUUGCCAUCGGCCCAAGAGGAAGGCUCCGUUUCCGGUGGCGUGCUCCAUGAACUGGAGGAAGAGGAUGACCACCUUGAUUCGCGCGAGUCGACUCGGCGGAACGAGCGCGGCUAUCCCCAUGGACCCAUCCAGAUCUACGACUCCGGCGUGUAUCUGUAUUUGGAGCCGACCCUGCAGGAAGCGUCGCAAUUCGAUGUGGUGGUGAACGUGGCCAAGGAGGUCGCCAACCCGUUCACCAACCAGAACACCAACAAUGGAACGGUCAUGAGCACCUUGCGGAGUGCAUCGGCCCCGUCGAAGCGUCAGUCGGUCGUGGAUCCAGGCACCGCAGUUUCAGAAGUAUCCUUCAAAUCUGCCUUUGAAUAUCAACCCGAGGCCGAUACCUCCGCCACACCCAGUGGGGAGUCCAGACCCGAAUACGUUCAUGUUGGUUGGGAUCAUAACUCGGAAAUCCUGGACGACCUGUACCCCCUGUGUGAACUGAUUGAUUCGCGUGUGUCGGAAGGCAAGAAGGUGCUCGUGCAUUGCCAGCUGGGUGCCAGCCGCUCUGCCUCGUUGGUGAUUGCAUACGGCCUCUACAAGAAUCGGAAUCUCGAUUUCAACUCGAUGUAUGAAAUUGUCAAGGGCCGAAGUCAGUGGGUGGGGCCCAAUAUGAGCCUCAUCUAUCAACUCACCGACUUCCGGUCCCGCCUCCUCCGCGGCAGUCCCUCCAAGCCUCCCCCGGCGGAGUGGUUUGUCGGAGGACCUCGGAGAUGCUCGGAACCCCAGGUCCCCCGCGCCAGCCGAAUGGGUCCACGAGAAAUGGUCACUCCGGUCGGUUCGGACGGCGGACACAGCUCCAACGGUUUUUCGCAGGGGUCGGUCGGCAGUCUGUCGAUUCCUUCGACGCACCAGACGACGCCGACGUCGGCCGAGAGUGUCGGUUUCCAGCCGCUCUCUCACAAGCGAAGCCUGUCUCCUCGACCGUUACCGCUCCGACAAUCCAGUUUCCAUACGCUUGGAGCGGCCUUCCGAGCGAUGCAGCCUGCGUCGGAAUCGCACUGGCGCACGGAAAACGGCCCCUAUUCGCUGGCCAAAACAGACGUCUUCGUGCGCGACGGACCGGCCGAACCGUCUGCACUGUUUUCGCCUCGCACGACGGGAUUCCUGGCGGCGCCCAUUCCACGGUCUGUCUCUGGCGACCCCGAGGAGGGAUUCCAGUCGCGGAUGGCCGACCCGAGAUCCCCGCCUCCCGGAAACGAGCGUCUGAUCAUGAGAAAUAUUGACGAGUUUCUGUAA